GAAAGGUUUCUGUUGUCAUGGCUGAAGUAAUUGCUUGUUUUGACAGCUCUGAUAUUUGGGGAAGGCAAUUCAUUCAUCAAGAAUGUGAGCUGUUCCAUUAAGAAAGCUGUGUAACAAACAGAAUUUGUUUUUCUCCUUCGAUGAUUUUGGUGGAUCACUGCAGAAAUGGGGAAAACUCACCUUGUCACAGAUUGGAUAUAAUUAAUUGACGCAAGCUGCUUGUUCUCGGAGAUGUUAAUCAACAGAGGUUAUCAGGGUGAAGUUUCUCUUACUUUGAACCAACAAAGAAUGGCUAUCGCCUCGGAAACAAAUUCUUGAGAAAUCACUGACAUAAUCCUCCUCCAUUGAUGGAACUCUAAGCUGCUUUCAUUGUCGGGCAGUCUGUAUAGUCACCAUAGGAGAUGAUGCUGUGAUCUUUACUUUCAGCUGAAAAUGAAAUGAAAUGAUGCUGCAACAUGACCGCACAGUAGCAGCAAAGUGACAGCAGCAUGGAGCUUCACAUUGACUACAAGAAAUGGCAGCAAACUUCAUCAUUUUAGUCAAUGUUUUAGUUUUGAAGCUUUCACACAACAAACUUGAAGGUGACAUUCCUCAAGGGAAGCAGUUCAAUACUUUCUCAAAUGAUUCCUACAUUGGGAACUCUGGGUUGUGUGGAUUUCCAUUGACAAAAGAAAUGCCACAAAGAGGAAGAACCAGGAGCACCUCCAUCAAAAUUUCAUGAAGAAGGUAACUCUGCGGCACUCUUUGAGUGGAAGUUGGCAUUGGCGGGCUAUGGGUGUGGACUGGUAUUGGGACUUAGUCUAGGAUACAUUGUCUUCACUACAGGAAAACCAUGGUGGGUGGUGAAGAAGGUGGAGAAGUAUCAAGAGAAAUUUGUUGGAAGAUGGAUCUGCAGGCCUAAGAAGAGAAAAACCCAAAAACACAACCAACGCUCUUAGAAGCUGCAAGCAGUUGGCUUUCUUUCUUCCUCCAAGAAGAUCUGCAAAAAAUAAUUUGUGCAUGAACUUUAAUUAGUUGGCUGCAGAAGCAGCAGACAGUUGCCCUUUCUUUCCAAGAUUGUUAUGUCUUUAUAAUGUUUGUAGACACUUGGCUAAAAAUUUAAUGUUUUUUAUGUUAUCACUUUUCUAAUUUUCUUCCAUUCCUUUCCUUUUAACGGUGCCUUUUAAUGAAUGAAAUGGAUUUUC